CUCUAUUUCAAAUGAUCAGUUUUCCACAUGAAGGGAACUUGGAGAUUAGAGAUAAAAUUAAAAGCAGAAAUUCGACACCAAGAAAGAAGAAGAGUAGCACACACAGCCAGGAAGUAAACGGUGAGCUCAGAAGCUAACAAAGCCACAAAUAGUGAAACAAAUUAAUUUAUUGCUAUGGGUAUUACCUAUUUGAUACUUGGAGGUUUUCUACUAAGCAACAUACAUUUGGUUAAAUUGCAAACAUCAUCAAUAAAACAGUGGAGGGGGAAAGGUACCACACCAAAUCUGGAUAGCAUUGUCCUGGGCAGAUGCUAUGAUUAUACUGAAGUUGUGAAUCCUUCUGUGGGGAUGAAGAAUUGCUCUGAGAUAUUAGAAGCAUUUAAGAAAGCAUUUAUCAAAAAGGAUCCAUGUUCUGUUUUACCUUCAGACUAUGAGCUGUAUAUUAAUCUGACCUUUCAUGACAUCCCUUCAAGUAAGUCCCUGUUUUGGGAAAACAACAAGCAACUAGUACACAAACUUUCAGACAAAACACUUCGCUUUAUGCCUCUGGGGGAUACCCUGACUGGAUGGUUAGGGGACAACUUGAAUUGGUGUGGAACAGCCAACGAUCCAGGCAUAGAGUACAGCUCCUGUCCCACUACAGCAGAAUGUGAAGACAAUGCAGAGGAAUCAUUCUGGAGGAUCGCUUCAGUCACGUAUGCAAAGCAUAGCUCUGGGCAAAUACAGAUAAUGCUUAAUGGUUCUACACCUGGAGGUGCGUUCCCAGUGCCUAGUUUCUUGGCAGACUAUGAAAUUCCAAAUUUUCAAAGAGACAGAAUAUCCAGUAUUAAUAUAUGGGUAAUGGAUGACGUUAAUGGUGCUGACAUAGAUUCAUGUGGAGGAAAUAGCAUUGCAGUCUUAGAAACUCUCCUGGCUUCAAAGAACUUUUCAUACAACUGCGUUAAUAAUUACAGACCAGUAAGGCUAUUACAAUGUGUGGACUUCCCAACGCAUUCUGACUGCACUAUCAGUGCCAGUGGUAGCAUAAAUAAAGCAGGGGUUACCAUAUUUCUUCAACUAUUUUGUCUUAUUAUUAAUUAUGGAAACCAAAUUGCCUAAUAAUUAGCACUGGCAAUUGGUAUUGGAAACAAAUGUCAAGGAAUAAAUAAUUAUAUAUUUGGUAUUUGUGUAAAAUAAUGAUUGAUUCAUUGAUUCAGUUGUCUUUUAUGAUCUUCCAUGAAUUAAGAUUUGUCAGAUCGCUUACAUUUGAAAUAAAUGAAUUGGUGAGGUUCCCUCAAUUUAGGGUAGAUCUGCUGGAUCAAUCUGUUUACUUUUCCAUAUUGUUUGUCAAUAAUGAGAACAUACACUUCUUUUUGACAAUGACUGCAUAAUUAUAAGAAUUUUCCAAAGCUAAA